CACAGCACUAAACGAUGAUGAAAGAAAAUGAAUGAAAAAAGCAAAUGGCUGACUAAAAUCGACGUUCUUGGUCCUAAUAUAAAUCCGAUGUAAUUACAUGAAUUAUGCGCUCUUCAUAAUAAUGAUUAGCGAAAUAAGAUUAUAUAAAGAGUAAAGAACUAAGAUUACUAUAUAUUACAGGCAGAAAGCCUUUUGAAAUAAAGAUCAGAAACUAAUACCUUAGCUUACACAAUUCGUACUAAAUUGCAAAAAUAUUUAUAGUGCGUGUGACGGACGCACGUCCGUUUAUUACUCAGUUGAAGUGAUGUGAAGUGUCGACACAGGGCGGGGGCGCCGCCCCAGUCGACCAUGGAGCGAGGCUACGAUAAGAGGCAUAGCAAACACCAUAAGGACAAGCAUAAGAAGCGGGCUCAUAAAAAGCACAAGUCACACUCAGGUAGUUCGCAUGAUCCAUCUUAUGCUACAGUCAAUUCUCAUAAACCGCUUGUGGAAUAUUCUGAUGUUAGCUCAGAGGCAUUAUCAGCUCCUGAGGCUGGCGAGAUAGACAGUGAAACAAGCUCAAUCAGCAGGCAUAUCGCUGAUGACCUUGAUAGAACGAGGAAGUCCCAUUCCAUCCGUACAUUUGUAGAUAACAAGACAAUAUCAGUGACAACAACAAGUCGUCGAGCUGCUGAAGAAUAUGUUCUACGGGAUGCAUCUGUGCCUAGGAAGAGACGCUCAGAGUAUGAUGAACGUGAACCAGACUUUGCUGACCAUGGUAGUUUUAAGAAGAAAAAAGACAAGCGGAAAAAGGAUAAGAAAAAGAAGAAGAAGAAAUCAAAGAAUAGGUCUAGAUCAGCAAGUUUAGAGAGUGUAUCUCCAGAUGAUAUUAUUCCUGAGGAACCUCCUAUGAGAGCAGUCACGCCACAAAGAUACCAGCAGGUGCCUGUGAGUGAAUGGGAGAAGGCAUCUUCUCCAUUGAGGAAUGGGGGAUCAUGUUCUCCUGUGUCCCCGUCGAUGACGCCGCUGAUGCGGCACGAGUCUCCGCGACAUCGUCCCUUCGCGAGGGAGCAAUCAUUACAUCACAACCCCAUGCCUUACUCGCCUCAUAGAGACAGAUCACCACCUCUCAGCCCCUCCUGGAUGCCGGUCCAUCACAUAGCAACCUACUCUAUACAGAGUAAUUGUGAUUUCCGAAAUGUUGGUGGUGCCGUUGAUAUGUGCACUUGGGCACCUCUGCCAGUUUCUUCAAGCAAUAAAAAACGCGAUACAAAAAGGAGACAGAAAUCCACGACGCCUCACACGCCGUUAGUUCCUCCGUACCACGAGACGGUGACCAUAGAUUCGGACACAGAGGAAUAUGACCGCGGCAGACGAGACUACUGGCACGAACAACAUCGCUUGCAAUCACCUAUCAUGGUGUCAGGUAAUACGCAUUACUCUCCAGUCCACGAGGUAGUGCCACGUCCCCGGGAGUACAGUCCGCGUCGCUCCCACCGGCGUCGCAGUCCUCACCAUCGGAGGAGGACACGAUCCAGAGACCGGCACCGUGAUAGGGACUUCAAAACUUCGCAUCGGUCACAUAGCCGAAGCUCGCUAAAGCGCCGCCGGACUAGGUCGCGCAGCAGACGGCGUGGCUCCACGCAGUCUCCGCCGCGUCACCGCGCCAAACAUAGGGAGCCAUCGCCCAGGGACCGACACAGGAUCAAGCAUGAGUCGCCCAGUCCCCCGACGAUGCUCCAGCGGAAGAUAGACUUCAAGGAGAAGAUCAGUGAUACCAGUCUGUUUGCUGAACUAGUCAAGGACAAGCACAAGAGAGCUAAGAAGCUGCAGGAGAUAUUAAACCAGAAGGAAGAAGAGUCCCAGGGCGCAUUGUCGAAUACUACUUCGAUCAACAACCCUGAGAUACUCACCAUUGAUGAACUCUCCAGCAAUACUUGUGACAGUUCCACACAGCAAUCUAAUAAAGAGAAUGGUGAAGCGACACGUGAGGGCGGUGAUGUGGUGGACAUACCGAUGCCGGGCGCGGACGAGAGUGCCUCUAAUCCCCCGCCAGCAGCCCCGGCCGCUGCGGAAGCCCCACCGGUCCCGGCGCCGGCAGCCCCGCCAGUCCCGCCAACCCCGUCAGCCCCGUCAGCCCCGCCAGCACCGGUCACAGCCCCGCUAAACCCGCCGCCGGAGUUCGCGUCGUUUGGUCGCCAGGAACCAUUGCCGGCGCCCCACGUUGCUGCUAAUGGAGACGCGCAACCACCACCUCCACCACCACCGCCGCCUGCUGAACCUCCAUCUAGCGAGCCACAGAAAUCGAAGAGUCCUGCAGUAUCGCCGCCGUCAGUGCCCCCGCAGCCCCCGUUGCCCCGCGGCAGUGUAGUAGACGCGGCGUACUACCAGAACUCCCAGCCCGCUACACACAAACCCAAGAGUCUCACUAAGCUGCCCAUGCCGCCUAAUACACAGGUGGAGGAUCUGAAGACGCUAGUAAACGAGAGUCCUCUAAGUACACCGUCUCCAUCUCCCGUCAAGAAACCAGAAAAACCGAAGCGAACUGGCAUCAUGAACCUACCAAUGCCACCUGGCAUUACAGUGAUCCCUGGCUCGGAGGAGUUAUCAGGCGACGAACUGGACGGAGGCACUCCGCCGCCUGCAUCGCGCCGCGACCAGUACUCACAUGUCUUUAGUAACAGGAAACAUGCUAGGGAUAAUUCUGGUUCGAAGUUAAAGAGGCCGCGUAUCCUUAAACGUCGCGGGUCCAAGGUGGUACCUGUGGCGACACCCACGCACCACGCCAAGGACUGGGGCGAGAAGUGCGUCGAUGGCUUCCAGGUUAUCACCCAAAUCGGCGAAGGUACGUACGGGCAAGUGUAUAAAGCACGAGAUAAGAACACAGGCCAACUGGUCGCGCUCAAGAAAGUGCGGCUGGAGAACGAAAAAGAAGGAUUCCCCAUCACAGCUGUGCGGGAGAUCAAAAUAUUGCGCCAGCUUAAUCAUAAGAAUAUCGUCAACCUUCGGGAAAUUGUCACUGAUAAACAGGAUGCUAUGGAUUUCAGGAAGGACAAAGGCUCCUUCUACUUAGUAUUCGAGUACAUGGACCAUGACUUGAUGGGUCUAUUGGAAUCCAAGAUGGUGGACUUCACGGAGUCUCACAAUGCGUCUAUAAUGCGCCAGCUACUGGACGGGCUGGCUUACUGCCAUAGAAAGAACUUCCUGCAUCGGGACAUCAAAUGCAGUAAUAUACUGAUGAAUAAUAAGGGCGAGGUGAAACUAGGCGACUUCGGUCUGGCACGGUUAUGGUCCGCGGAGGAUCGAGCGCGUCCGUACACAAACAAGGUGAUCACUCUCUGGUACAGACCGCCCGAGCUACUGCUGGGGGAGGAGAGGUAUGGACCGGCCGUCGAUGUUUGGUCCAUGGGGUGCAUACUCGGGGAACUAUUCCUCAAACACCCACUAUUCCAGGCCAACAUGGAGAUGAUGCAGCUGGAGAUGAUCUCGCGCGUGUGCGGCACGCCGGUGCCGGGCGUGUGGCCGGGCGUGGUGCGGCUGCCGCUGUGGCACGCGCUGCGCCCGAAGAAGUUCCACAAGCGCUGCGUGCGGGAACACUUCGCCUUCAUGCCGCCGCACGCGCUCACGCUGCUCGACCGCAUGCUGGAGCUGGACCCCGAGCGGAGGAUCACCGCCGAGGAUGCUCUGAAAAGCCCCUGGUUGAAGAAUGUGGUGCCAGAGCAGAUGCCCGCGCCCGAGCUUCCUACUUGGCAGGACUGCCACGAGCUGUGGUCCAAGCAGCGCCGGCGACAACAGCGUGAGCAGGACCACACGCAGGGCAAGAAGCCCUGCGGUUACGGCGACGAACAACCCAAAAAUGACAACCAAGACUACAAAAGUGAGCCUUACAAAUCUGAAAGUGGUUUCAAGCCCACCGAGCCCGCGCAGGAGGCUGUGGGACAAGUGAAAUAGUACAGACUACAUUGUAAAAGAUACUUUCGUAAAAGAAAGAAACGGUGCUUAUAUUAGACCAAUUGACUAUGUGAUCUAGUUUAACUUGUUGCCUGUGGAGUGUCGUGACGAUGUGUGGGUUCCGUGCGAGUGUGGUAAUGUGCCUAGUCUAAUGUUUAGCUUCAAUCUCAUGUACGAUUAGCUCGUAAGGUGAAGGCUGUGUUCUUCAAGAAACUUUAGCACUAUGCUAUGCUUCUUGCACAAUUUACGAAUAUUCAGUGCAAAAUUUAACAACCAAUCUGACCUAAUGUGGUAUAUCAGAGAGGUAACUGAAUAUACUUAAAUUACUAUGUUCUUAAUAAAGUGAAUCUUAUCAAAAUUGAAUUACGCAACGUUUGUAAAGGUGCGGAACCCUGUGUAGCAAUUUAAUUUAUUGCGUUGUAUGUAACGCGUACCAAAACGUAUGAUAUAUUGUAGUAACCAAAGUAUCGCAUAGCGCUAGUUACCCUCGGACGGAUGUCAGGCGUCCUGUGCAUAUGUUUGUAAAUAAUGUAAACUAGAAUAAUUUUAAAUAAGAACAGUUAAUUUUAUUUCAAUUUUAGCGAAAUAACUUGUUUUAUUUUUGUUAAGAAUCCUUGUGAGUGUAGCAAUACUGUUUGACGGUUGGCAACACUAUUUUACUUCCAUGAUUAUGAAGCUGGUAACUCACAGUUCCCUGCCAAGUCAGUAAAGCCGCACUAGGUGCCUUUAUAAGCAGAGUACAAAGUGAUCUCUUUAAUAUUCUUCUUGCCAACAUUUCUCCCUUAUCCUGUUUGGUUGGCAGCUUGUUCCUUUGUCCGAGCCUUCUAGAGCCAAAACGUAGCCAGCCAAAUCAUAUCCAAAUUCGUGUUGCCAAAAUAAAAUGCAAGAAAAAGUUAUAUGCCCCACCUCCCCUAUGUAAGACCAUGUGCGCCUUAUAUGAAUCAGAAAAAGUCCAAUAGUAACUGCCAUUUUGCGUAAUUAUUGGAGAACAUCUACUUAAAUAACAAAAUUCAUUGAAUAUUGAAUUUAGUAGAUAUUUGAUACAGCUGACAGUUUAUGGAUAUUUCAAUCCUAAAACUUUGUAACGAGAAUUUGCUAUUGCAAUGUGUAUUGCAUAACUUUUAUUCAGUAUAAUAUACAGGGUCGAAGGGACAACGUGGCUUUCAAGCCUUUAGCUUCAAUACGAUUCUGGAUUCCUCAGUUCUUAUAUUGUAAAGUUGAUUUUAUUUAAAAAUGAUAUACCCUACAUUUAUAUACCUAUAUCAAUAACCUAGAAUUUUCGACUUAUGCCCUAGAAAUUCAUCAUAUCUAAGAUAGGAAGAUAGUGGAAAGGAUUAGGAUAUGAAUGAAAUAUUUAAUUAAUUAAAGGGCGGCGAUGCGGCUAUAGAAGCUGUACUUGUACAUAUAGGGACAAAAGUCCGUGAUUUUAAAUGUCUUCUUCAUUUAAAGUACUUUUAAUCUCGUGUAUGUUAUCAAUGUUAUGACUACUGAUGGACAAGCUAAUCCCUAAGGACUUUUCAUAGUUUUUAUACUUUUUGUCAUUGUGAAGUUUUUUCGGUAUCAUCAAUAUAAUAAGAGAUGGACCUUUCUAUGUAAAGUGAUUAGCGUAUCGCUAUCUGUGUCCUCUUAUUAGUUAGCCGCGUUCUCUGCUCAGUCCGUGGUACACCGAGUUAGUUGUUCAGCAUUCUAUGUUCUUCAAGAUAUAGCACUUUGGUGUUGUGUUGACUCUGUAAAUGUAAGACAGUGUUAGCCGAGAGUCGUGUGAUUGUAUAUUAUGGAAUUGAGUUGUUUUCAUGUUUCAUUGUUUCGCGUAAUUCUAUAUAUUUAAUGUUAGGUUCUUGUUGGGUUCCGAUCAUGUAGAUGAUUUUGGGCGAUAUGGAUAAUGCGGUGGAUGUAACAAAAUCACAAUUGAAUGACAUGAUGAGCUAUGAAAGAAGCGGCUAUACCGAAUUUUAUUAAAAUAUUUAUUUAAAGUAUUUAACACUUAAAUUAUUUUAAAAAGAUUAAUAUUUUAUUUGCUUCUUUGUAUUUAUUAUGUUAGUCUUAAUUCGACAAUGUGUAUUCAUAUCGCUCUUAAUUCGAAUAUUAGGUCCUAACUAGCAAUAAUAUCGGGCCCGACUUAGUUGGCAUUUAUAUUAUAUAAGCGUGUAUGUAUAUUUAUGAGUUCCAAGCGUCUGCCAGGGCUGUAUGCAUCUAGUAAAUAUAAUAAUAUAUAUCAUGUUGUUAGUUCACAAAUAUUAUGAUCAGAUGUAAAAGUUAUCAUUAGGAGCAGCAUUAUUUUUUUAAAACAAUGUCUUUGUAAAUAAGCAUAUGUCCUAAAGUAUACUGCGUUUUCCAACAACGUAUCUUCCAUGAAUUAGUUGAUGUGUAAAUAGAAUAGAUUAUAUUUCCCUGCAUUUUUAAAACGAUAUUGUUUUUCUUGUCAAGGAAGCGAAAGUUUACACUGGUAACUUACUGCUAUUUAUAUGAAUGUCCGAAUAAAUAAAAUAAAUGGAUGUAUCUUAAAUGGAUGUAGCGGUAUUAUAUUCAGUUUAGCUACUGUUUAUAGUAAACUACAUAAAAAUAACAUACCCAUAUGAGUGUACAAAAUAUGUUAAACAUGUCGACAUAUUCAUAAUCGCGGUGUAAAUUGUCGCUUGUCUUGACCCAGGUAUCGGUUGCAAAGUCGCCGACUGAAAGACUAAGUUUCCUUGUAUUAUAAUAGAUGUAAGACAGCGAUGUCUAUCGUGAAUAAUCCGGAGUUUCGGAGAUAAUCGUCGUUUUUUAUACUUUGUAUGGUGUGCUUAUGGUGCGAUAGUUCGAUCUUAUCCUUUGUAAUUAUGUCGGUAAUUAGUAGUUGGAGCUUUUGUGAAAUUAUGAUGUAAAUUGUAACCUCAUUGGAUUUUUGGACCUCCGUCCAGAUAAGCAUAGGUAUUAUGUGAUGUGUGGACGGAAUUAAAAUAUCUCUAUUUAAACCGUGUCUAAUCAAUUUUUCGGAACAGUUUCUUUAAGAGCUGUUGACUCGUCAUGUUUUGUUUUAAAGUAAGACUGAAGUAGGGCGGGAACAGACGAUUGUCUGUCACUGUAACUCUGGAUUGUUGUUAUCACAUUUUAUGAUAAUAAUAAUUGUAAAAAUGUACCUAAUGUUUUUUUUAAAUAAUUAUACUACGAUGAAAUAUGACAUUGCAUAUUAUUUCAAAUUACACCAUCUUUUACUUUAGAUGCGAGGUUAGGGAUUGAAAAUGUCUUCAUAUUUUAUUAAAAUACAUUUAUUUAAAAAUGACUGAAGGAACUGGCUUAUAAACAAGGCACUUAUUAGCCUGUGUACCUUAAUAUGGCCAUUUGAGGUCUAUUGCUCACAUUCAUGUUCCUGUUUACAAUUAGGCGCGAUUUAAUAUUAAAAGUACUUUACUAAUUCCAGGACGUUUAAUUCCAUACAAUUUAUCAUACUGUUCAAAUUGCAAUGUAUUAAUCUAUCAAUAUGCUGUACAAUAGGCCUCAAGUUCGUAAUUAUGUUAUAGACAGCAAUGGUCGUACUCUAUCCAAGUGUUUCAGACCACGCCAAGCAUAUUUAUCUUAAUUUUAUAAAUACAUUCAUUGUAACAUUAA